CCGUCCAGGCGUCGGGGCAACAGCCGGGGCGGCGCUCCCCCAGUCCCGGGAAGCCCUCUCCUCGCCCUUGGCUCCCGCGGCCCUAGGGUCUCAGCAGGCUCGGGGGUGCGGGCGCCUCUCGGCCUCGGAGCCGGAUGGCUGCGGAAGAGGAGGAUGAGGUGGAGUGGGUGGUGGAGAGCAUCGCGGGCUUCCUCCGAGGCCCGGACUGGUCCAUCCCCAUCCUGGACUUCGUGGAGCAGAAAUGCGAAGUUUUUGAUGAUGAAGAAGAAAGCAAAUUGACCUAUACAGAGAUUCAUCAGGAAUACAAAGAUCUGGUUGAAAAGCUGCUGGAAAGUUACCUGAAAGAGAUUGGAAUUAAUGAAGAUCAGUUUCAAGAAGCGUGCAUGUCUCCUCUGGCAAAGUCUCGCACAUCACAGGCCAUUUUGCAGCCCGUUUUGGCAGCAGAAGAUUUUAGUAUUUUUAAAGCAAUGAUGGUCCAGAAAAACAUUGAAAUGCAGCUGCAAGCCAUUCGGAUAAUUCAGGAGAGAAAUGGUGUGCUACCUGACUGUUUGACAGACGGUUCUGAUGUGGUUAGUGACCUUGAACAGGAAGAAAUGAAAAUCCUGAGGGAAGUUCUUAGAAAAUCGAAAGAGGAAUAUGACCAAGAGGAAGAAAGGAAGAGGAAAAAACAGUUAUCGGAGGCUAAGACAGAGGAACCCUCAGUACAUGCUGGUGAAGCUACAGAAAUGAGUAGUUCUCAAGGGGGUGGCGAACACCUGGCACCCCCAGCCCUGGAAGUUGAAGUGCAUUUUGCUAAUCAGUCAGCACAACCCUUGGCAAGAAAGCUGGAAAUGCUGCCUGAAUCUUCCUUCCUCCCACAAAAAGGCCUGAAGAUGCCUGGCUUGGAACACACGAGCACGGAAGGACCAAUAGCUAGUCUAUCAGUGCUCGGGACAGAAGAGCUGAGGCAACGAGAGCACUAUCUAAAGCAGAAGAGAGACAAGCUAAUGUCCAUGAGGAAGGACGUAAGGACCAAGCAGCUAGAAAAUACUGAGCAAAAAGGAAGACCUGCUGGGGAGGCAGAGGAAAUGACAGAGAAGCCAGAAAUGACAGCAGAGGAGAAGCAAACAUUACUGAAGAGGAGACUCCUUGCAGAGAAACUUAAAGAAGAAGUUAUUAAUAAGUAAUAGUUUUAUGAAACUAUUUAGCAAAAGAGCAGCUCAGAUUUUAAAAAUAAAUUAUUUAAUCCUUA